CUAUCAAGUCUGACAGUGUGUGGCGUCUAUGGGUGGUGUUAGUAGCGUCUGUUUCAACUCCCAGCCUGACAGAAUUUGUGUUUGUGUGUGUGUGUGUGUAACCACGCCUACACAGUGGCUGCCAAGGCUUACCCAUGAGUUAAACCUUCUUUAGUUGGUAAUGAGGAAGGCCUGGGCUCUAGCAGUGGACACACGAAGGCAGCAGUGGGUGAAAACAAGCAAAAUAAAGAAAAGUUUGGCUGUGAGAAGGUGCUAGACAGCCAGCCAUAGUGACGAGGAGGCAGGAAGGUACAUCACCACCGCAGGGAAGACCACCACCACCAUGCCGGCGCCUUCAGGAGGGCGGCGUCGUUCAGUGAGCCUACUGUUGGUGCUCCUGCUGGGGUUCCUCACCCUGAAACCCAAGGAGAUCGUAAUGACUCGGGACAGGCUCAAGGAGAUGCAGGAAAAGAGCAAAGCCAACGGUGUGUCCGAGUCGGCGGUGGUCAGCAUAGAAGGCAGCGAGGACCAGAAAGAGCUGAUGGAACUACUGGAGAAACUUGGGCCUCUCUAUGAUAAGCUUAAGGUAAUGACGACGCAGGUUCACGACGUCCGAAGAAUGAUUCACGACUACGACCAGCGGCAGGAGGUGGAGGACAAGGUGGACAGCAUCAAGGGGGACGCCAGAAAACUCCGCGUGGAACUUGAGGGGGUGAAGGCCAAAAUAGGGAAGAGCAGUGGUGUGGUGGAGCACGUGGCACGCACCCACCACCUCUCCCUGGGUGUGCUGCUGACCCGGGUGCUGCAGGAGCUGUCGUCAAUGCAGGUGGAGGCGCACAACAGACACGCGCACUACAUCAGGAAGGAACUUAUUAUCACUGGGCAGUGUGGCUACGACGAGGAGGAGCUGGAGAGCCUGAUAGAAGAGUCCACGGAAGUCUUCACGCAGAACCUCAUCCGGCAGAACCAGCUCGCCAAAUUGCAGCUCAGUAACUUGCAGGAGCGACACGAGGCCUUUGUCAAGCUGGAGAAGUCUAUCGUUGAACUUCACCAGCUGUUUCAAGAGAUUGCGCAGCUAGUGAGGGAUCAAGGGGAGAUGGUGACAAGGAUAGAGAACAACGUCUACGAGUCGCAGGUCAAGACAGAGAAGGGACGGAUGGAGCUGCAGGAGGCCAGGGUCAACAUGAAGAAGGCGCUAAAGAAGAAGUUUAUCCUCGGCAUCAUCCUUGGGGUCAUCCUGCUCAUCAUUGUCCUCGUCAUCGUCUUCUCUUUCAUGGAGUGAGACGAGGCGAGGGCCCACUGCCCAUUUCGGCCCGUCAGCCACCCCGCCUCCACCAUGACCCCCCCAACAGCUGCCUCCCGCCCCACCCCGCCCCGUCCCCAAGAGGCCUCGAGACCCGGUAGUGCUCACAGGUAGAUUUUAGUGAGAAGGUAGACUUGCUCAGUGGUGUUUUGUAUGCAGCGGUAAUGACUGGAGAGCCUAACACUAUUUUGCUGUUUGUGUGUGUGUGUGUGUGUGUGUGUGUGUGUGUGUGUGUGUGUGUGUGUGUUUGUGAGUGUGUUUGUUGUUUGUGUUUAUUUUUUUAGUCUUAUUUUUCUUCUCUUUUUAUGUGUGUAUGCAUUUCUUUUCUUUUUUCUCUUUUCUCAUUUUGCGUUAUAUUUUUUGCAUUUCAUUUAUUCUUUUAUCUAAUUGUUCUCAUUUUGUUUCCUUUUUGUACGUGUAUACAUUUUUUUUUUUCCUUUUUCUCUUCUCAUUUCAUGCUAAAUUCAUAAUACCAACGAACAAAUGAUUCUUUCCUUCUUUUCUAUGGUUUUCUCUCGUAUAUGUGUGUGUGUGUGUGUGUGUGUUUAAGAGCAUUAGAUACGGGAGCAAGUUUGGUGAGGUGCUGAGCCAAUGAUUUCACCUGUACGUGUUGAUUGACUGGCAUUUGAGGCACUUUCUUUCAUGCGAGGUAGGAAAUGUAUGGUGGUGUAAGCUGUGCGUGUCCUGUUAGUGCUUUCUGUGGUGUGUUGUGGGACGUUGGUGCAUUAAUGGUGCUGGUUUUUGUAGUGUGAAUGCUAAACACGACCACCUAGUAUUCCGAAACCCUUUAGCACUGCAUCUCCACUACUUUCAGAAGGCUCUAGUUGAAGUUGCACGGGUUUUCAAGGGUGUUUUUAAGGUUCUAGUGACAGGUUAACAAGAUUUCUGUAUUACUAACAGGAGAAGCAGUCUUGAGAACCUGGCUAAUUGUCUCAAUGGCCUUUGGAAACAGCUGUGGUGUGAGAGCAAAGCUUUUCUGAAUACUGGUCAUGGUCCCUUUAAAUUAAUUCCACUGCUAAAAACACCACCAAGGAAAAAAAGGCAAUAUAUAGCCCGUUCAAGUUUGCCUGGGAAGAAAACAUUGCCGAGAGAAAUAAGAAUGAAAAAGAAAGAAGAAACGUGCAAAGAAAAUCAUGUAGGCUUAUUUUUUUAGACCCUCCGUGAUUUAUAGAGACCCGAUGUGGUAUUUUGGCAAAGAGGCAGAGUGGUAAAGUGAUACAAGUGAAGUAAAGUGUUCAUGCAACAGUAUUUUUUAAGAAUAUAUCAUCGUUUGUAAUACCGUACGUCAGAUGUGCAUGUGUGUGUCCGUUGCGUCAUCACUGGUCCCUCCAUCAACACACAGUGGAAGGCCAGGAGAGGAGGAGAGGCUAGGAAUGAUAAUAGUGACAGGCGCGUAUCAUCACAGACUCAGUUUCCUAGACAAAGCACAGUGGAAGGUUAGAAGGAAACGUAUCAUUACAAGAGGAGCCAGGAGAUGAAGGGAGGCUAGGAAUGAUUAUAAUGACAGGCACUUAUCAUCAUUACAGACUCAGUUUCCUAGACAAAGCACAGUGGAAGGUUAGAAGGGAAUGCAUCAAUACAACACAGAUAUUGAUGGGAGGUGAAUGAGUAAUACUAAACCAAAGAGAUGUGAUAAGAGUAACGUUAUCACAGAGCACAGUAGAAAGUUAUUGUGCAAGAAAAACACACAGAUACUAAACACUAUAGGAGGGAAGAAAGUGAUGGGAGGCAAAUGAUUGAUGCCACAAGUAGUAAUGAUGGUACGGUGACAUUGUAAACACCAUCAACUUCAUUUUCUAAAGAAGGUUAAAAAUUACUACCAUAUGAUACUGAAACAAUAUUAAUUUUGAAGCUUCUUUUUUCCUCCUUUUCUUCUUCUUUCUUCUUCUUUCUUUCUUUUUUUUUCUUCUUCUUCUUCUUCUUCUUCUUCUUCUUCUUCUUCUUCUUCUUCUUCUUCUUCUUCUAUUUCUACUUCUUCAUCUUCAUUUUCUGGCACACUUCAUUUCCCAAGCUUAAAGUGAAGAUUUUGAGGCCGCCAAGCACAAACUUUGUAAUAAAUAUAAUGAGAGAAUACCCAGGGUGCUUUGUUGUGUGUGUCUGCAUGAGAGAGAGAGAGAGAGAGAGAGAGAGAGAGAGAGAGUUAACAUAAUUUUCUUCGCAAUCAUUCCACAAAUAUACGGUUAAUAUUAACUUAGUGCAUUUACUUUUAAGAUAACACACAUCCUUUUGUAAAUACCAGUUCUUUCUGUUUGUCUCUUCCUGUGAUUCUUGCGUAGCUGUGUCUGAGAGAGAGAGAGAGAGAGAGAGAGAGAGAGAGUCCAUCAGUCAGUCAGUCAGUCAGUCAGCUAGUUAGUCAAGGUGUAACUGUGAUAAUAAUAUGGCACUUUAUCCAAUAUUAGUAAUUUCCCUGUAGUGAUGAAGUGAUGUUAUUUAGUGACUCGAGAAUGACUGUACCCUGAAGAAGAGGAGGAGGAGAAGCAGGAGGAGAAGGAGGAGGAUUGUUCAUAAGGAGAGGAAAAGAAGGUGAUUAUUAAAAGAAUAAAGGAGAGGAAAGAUAUAUUAGUAAGAGAGGAAACAAGUGAUAGGAGAAGGAGAUAAGAAAGAAAGGAAAGUUAAAGGGACAGGAAUAAUAAGGAAGAGAAAGAGAAAGCAGAAGAAAAAUAACAAAAGAGAAAGAAAAUGUAGGAAAACAAAGGAGGAGCAAAAUUAGUAACAGAAGAAAUAGAAGGAAGAGAGGAGGAUGAAGAAAGAGAAAGAAAAUGCAUAAAAAAAGAAAGGAAGGAAAAAAUUAAUAAAAGUAGUAAUAGAUGAAGAAGAGGAAGAAGAAGAAGUCAUAGAAUAGACAAACCAGCUAUAUUAAGUUUCUCUACAAUGAAGAAUAACCAAUAAAUGUAUAUAUUGUUACUUUAUUUUGCAUACAUCACUAACCACUAACACUCGCGAAUUUGUAUUUACGUUUAGGGCACUUUCCAAAGACAUCUAAGAGGCUAUGACAGCAAUAACAACAGUAACAACAACACAUACAACUCUCCCAUACUGCAUUAGUUUUAAGCAAAGGACCAGCAUUGUUUUGUAUAUCCACUAUUUGUAUCUUUGGGUGUUGGGUGUGUUGUGUAUAUAUGUCCUUGUACAGUAUGUUAGUCCGUGGAAUUUCAGGUUAGGUUAGGAAGGUGGAGGGGUAGAGUAUUGGUGUGAGAGGGUCAGUUGAGGCUAGGAUGAGCGUCUGGUUAGGGAGAGAUAGAGGCUGGAAAUGAGAAGUGAAGGAAGAGAGAAGGGAUGGGAAGGAAGGAAGGAAGGAAGAAGAGAAGAAAAAGAGAAUUUGGAUUACAUUAGUUAAUUAAUAAGUAGAUAUGUAGCCGUGUGUGUGUGUGUGUGUGUGUAAGAGAGUACAGAUAUUAUAGAUAAGAAAUGGAGGCAGAAAUAAAGAAACGAAAGGAUGAAAGUAAAGGAGAAUAGCAGUUUUUGGAUAAGGUGCAGAGCUAGAAUUGAUGAAAUGGAAGGGUAAAGCUCAAAGAAUACAGACAUUUUGGAUAAGAAGUUGAGCUAGGAAUGAAAGAAUAAAGUAAAGGAUUAUAGGAGUGAAAAAGGUGUUAAGUAGAAAUUAAGUGUUUGGAUAGGGAGGAAUGGAGGCUGGAAUAGAUAGGAUGAGGGAAUAGGAGUACAGGAAUUUUGGAUAGGGAAAAAGUGGAGAUAGAAAUGAAAGGAUAGAGAAAAGGAGGGAAUGAGGUGUUAGGAGAGACAGUAUUUGGACAGAGAGAGAGAGAUGGAGACUUGAAAUGAAAGGAAAGAGACAGUAUUUUGUAUAAGGAGGGAUAAAGACUAGCAAUAAAGAGAUACAGUGAAGCAUUGCAUAUGAGGAAGAGGUCGUAGUAGUAGAGAAUUUCAGUAAUAAAGCAAUGGUUGGAUCAGAGACAUAGGAGCUGAGUACGUGAGUGAAAGAGUUGUAAGUAGAAAGAAGAUUUAAACAAGAAGGCAGUGGUUUGACAGGAUGAGGCAAUGUACUGAGCGUUUGAGAAAGUGUUAGCGGGAAAUGUCGUUUUAUUGGUGUGGCUUGCUUUACGGUGGCUGAGAGGUAGCAGAAGGGCCCUGCUUGCUGUGUGUGUGUGUGUCUGGCAGGGAAUGUGUAUGAGUCUGAAGGUCUGUAUAUUAAGAGUGUUCCUUUAAGUGUGAUUGGGAGUACAAAUGUGCAGUGCAGCCAUUGUUUUGGUUACGAAAGUAAUGAAAAAUGUGCAAUAUCUGUUCUCUUCAUGCACAAUAUAGGCAAGUAAGCAAUAAUUUUGAAUCUUAUGGCAAUUUUAAAUAUUGGAUGUGUUUUAAAAGCCUCCUAAGGUUGUGUAAGAUUUCAUUUGCUUUUGAUCAUGAUGAAGAAUAUCAGUAAUGCCUCGUUUUCAUAGAUUAAUGGGCAAUAGACUUGUUCCCUAACAUGUACAGCAACAGAACAGCAGUAAUAUGUAUACUUGUGUCUUUCCUUAUUAUCAGUGGAGAGAAAACACUGAUAAUUUACUCUCCUUUCCUUCAAUGAAAUAUGAUGUUGGCCAGAAGAUGAAAAAAAAAAAAAAAACUAAUAUUCUUUGCUUUCAUGUAUAUUGGAAGGGAGAUGGAAAAGCAGUAAUAUUCUUUUAUGUAUUCUGUAUUGCAUAUUGACAGAACAAAGGGGAAAAACUAAAAUAUUCUUUUCUUUUAUAUAGAUGUAUUAGAAAGUGAGAGAAAGAAGGUAAACAAUUUUAAGUUUAUUUAUAUAUUCAAAAUUUACAAAAGGAGGAAAAAAAAAAUAAUAAUAUAUCUUUUGUGUAUAUUGAAAAGUGAUAGGCAGUAAAUAUGUGACUUAGGAGGAAACAGAAGCAAUAAUACACAGAUAAUGAAGACUGUAUAGUGUUAAUAAGAGAUAGACUUGUAGAAUGAAGAGAAAAGAGAAGAAAACAAGCAAUAAUACUUAAUGAAGACUGUAUAAUGUUUGUAAUGUAGAUUUGUAUAAUGAAAACCAGUGAAAAUUUAGAGAGAGAGAGAGAGAGAGAGAGAGAGAGAGAGAGAGAGAGAGAGAGAGAGAGAGAGAGAGAGUAGGAAAUUUUGCACGUGGUAAUGAGUCAAGUUACGUUUUGCCUCGAGCGACGUACGGAUGUGUAUGUAACUGAGUGUACCUUUGUAUUUUCUGUAUAUCGCACAAAGAAGGGACAAAUGAAGCACCUCAGUUUUAUCCUUGUGAAAUGCUGUACAUGUGAAGGAAGGGAGAAGGAGUGAGAAGGAGAAGGAAGGAAGGAGAAGUGAAAUGAAGGAAAAAGAGAAGAAAAAGGGAAUUUGUAUUAGGUUAGGUAAUCAAUAGGUAUGUAUGUAGCUUUGUAUGUGUGUGUGUGUGUGUGUGUGUGUGUAUGAGGGAAAGUAAAAGGAAGAAGGAAAGAGCAGUGAAAUGUAGGUUACUUUUGUUAAUUACUUGGUAUGUAGCUUUAUAUAUGCAUGUGUGUGUGUGUGUGUGUGUGUGGUUAAUUUGUUAUGGCAGGGAAGAGUUGCUCAAUGUGUCAUAGCAUAUCAUAGCAACGUGUCUAUUGCAUUAACAUCUUCAUUUCCGUAGAGCAUCGGUACUUAACUGUCGUCCCGAGAGUUUGUGGGGAUUGGACACGACAAAGGUUACUUGUGUUCACUCGUGUAUACUCAUCACUCAUGUCGUUUACUCACCCAGAGCAUUGUAGGGACAUUAAUGUACUCACAAAGUCUCAUUCAUUCACCCACUCACUCACUCCUUCACUUAAUUUACCCACCCAGAGCAUUGUAGGGACAUAUAUUUACUCGCAAAGUCUCUCAUUCAUUCAUCCACUCACUCACUCCUUCACUUCCUCCUUUCUUCACUCUCUUGUCUGUUUUCUUCUUCCACUUGGUUUCUUGAGUAAAUUAUUCAUGAUUCACUUGUUAUAAUCUUCAUUUCUCCCUGGCAUUACUUGUUUUCAUUGUAUCUUGUUUUUCAUUUAUUUUCUUCGUCAUUCAUCAUUCAUUGCUCUCCCAGUCAUUACUUUUUUUUGCUAUUUCCUGUUUUUUGUUAAGUUUCUUCAUCAUUCAUCAUUCAUUAUCUUUCUAACUCUUUAUAUUGAUAAUUACUUUUGGCUUCUCUCUCCUUUCAUCACUCCUGUCAUUGUUAUUUCUAUGUAAUUAUUUCCUUCACCUUCCUCUUCAUCACUCUUGUCAUCAGUGUUUGUAGGUACCCAUCACAUUUGACCUUCCUCUUUUUCAUCCCUCUUGUCAUCAGUAUUUGUAUGUACCUGUCAUCUUUACCUCCCUCCCCUUCAUCACUCGUCAUCGCUAUUUGUACGAGAGAGUCAUCAGUUGUGGCCUUAAUGAUACUGUAAUUCAUCACCGACCUGUGGGUUUUUUUAUUUGUGAUUGCGUGAAGACCAGCCAUCCUUGGUGCUCACUGGGACGGGCUGUGUCAGGUUAGGUUUUGUUUUGUUUGGUUUGGUUUGGUUUGGUUUGGUAGGAUUUCAUUAAGUUUAGUUAGGUUUGUUACUGUUCAGUUUAUUUAAGUUAGGUUAGAUUUCAUUAAUUUCUCUCAAGUUAGGUUUGGUUAGCUUUGAUUAUGACACUAGAUUAUGUUAAGUUGGAUUUGAUUCAGUUGGAUUCAGUCAGGUUAGAUUAGAUAAGAUUUGAUUCCUUAACUCAACCUAGCCUAACCAAACAGAACUGACAUAUAGUUACACCAGUCAAAUCUUACGUAACUUAACCUGACUCGCCCAGCACACACCAGUUACUAAUCUAACCUUACAUAACCUAACCCAGACUUACAACUUUACCAUAACCUGACCCAGCCAAACACACCCCAAGAGAAAUACAGGGAUAGCUAAUAUUCACGCGACUCUCAAUAUCUUGUACGGCUAAGUUAACAAUGAAAACACUGCAACAUUUCACCAUUGCCAAGCUACAGAACUACGUAUUUAAGAGACUAGUAUGAAAAAAAUAUUCUUUUAAACCCUGUGGAUGAUUAUGGAAAAGAUUAGCUUGCAGUGAAGGUUUAACUCAGCCAAACCCACCACGACAAAUAUUUAAGGUGGUUAAUUUUUCAUGCGAAUCUAUUUUUUUCCUUCUUUCCUUUAUCUUCUCUCUUAUCGCUCUCAUUACCCAUCACCUGUCCGGCAAUAACGACAAAGUGACUCAGGUGAGGUGAUCCCUUGUAAUAAUGUACAGCAGUGUUCUGAUGUGUUGGUAUUGUAUAUCUUGCUUGGACUUUUGUGAAUAGUUGUUGUUAUUUUCUUUUAUAUCAAUAUACACUGAUCUCUUAUA